CCAAGAACUCGUUCCUCAAAUAUCUUCCAUAUUGUACAACUACAUCAUCAAUCAAAAUAAUUGGUUUUCGCGCAUAGCUCAGCAAAUCUUCGCAAGUUGCUGCUAUAUUGUAGGUGGACUAAGAAGAUCAGGAAGUGGAGGUCAACAAGUAGGAAAUAUACAGACAGCUGCUGGUGCGAUUGAAGGAGGAACAGCUAAAAGUACAACAUGUAGACCAGGCGACGAGAGCCAGGACAUCGACCAAGAACAUCACGGACAGUGUCGAGAGAAAGAAACCCUAAACGAAUUAUCAGGACAUAAUUUUAUCACGAC